UAUUGAUAUUGAUAUAGAAUAUUGACUAUUUAUAUCGAUUAAUACGCUGUUCAUGUUCGACUGGGUUGUGUCGUCGCCGACGCUCGAUUAUAUCUGAGCUAUCCACACUCGAGUGGGGAUUGAUUGAUUGGAAGGCCAACCUCUGUCCGUCCGGUAAUCUCCAACGGAAAGCAAGCAGCAAGCAGCAAGCAGCCAGCAAAAUUAUUUCCAACUUGAACUCUUGUUCAACUCUACCUUAACCUCCAACAUAUCCAUCAUCCGCACGCCGCACCGCACCGCAAUCCGAGGGGGAGGGAGUGCAACACCAUGCGUUGAAGGAGCGAUCCUGGGUCUGCGAAGGGAAAUUCUCAUCAAUUGGCUGGCUUCUUUCUUCUGCCGCGAGAGAAACGAGGCUGUAGGGGGGUGGUUGAUUUCGAGGAGAGCAUGGAGCAUAGACGGGGGAGUCCCAAUGGCUUUGUGCCGCUGGUGACUGUUGUGGGCUUCCAUCAUGCUAGAGGCCCCGAGGUCGAGAGCUGGUUCGGCGCUGAAGAGGGGACUGACCCCGCCGUCGACAACGACUGGCCUCUCCUCCCCUUCAUGGCCCUCAGCGACGGCGCGCACGCCUCCUCCGAGGAUUUCUCCUACUUCACGCUCCUGCGGCCCGCGCGCGCCUCCCAGCCCGCCACCUCCCUCUUCGGCAUCUCCUGCACGCAGCAGAUGGACGCCUCGGCGCUGCGCUCGCGGCCCGCCGACGUGACGCGCUCGACGGUGCAGAAAGCCGUCGUGGUGAUUGCCGACUCGCCGCAGUCGUUCGGCGUGCUGCGCGAGCGGCUGGGCGUCGUGACCACGGCGUGGUUCGCGCAGCGGGAUUUCGCCGAUACCGAGAUCCUGCGCAGGUUCCAGGAGUCGUUGCAGGAGGAGAGGGCGCGUGGGGCGGAUGAUGAUAGGGAGGAGUAUCUGGGGAUGAGUUUGCGGGAGCUGGUUAGGGAGUUCAAGUGGCAGACGUUGGUGCUGUUCAAGUGCUGUCUGUUGCAGCCCAAGAUGCUGUUCUUUGGAUCGAGAUGUGAGAGGCUCUGCCUGAUGCAAUUCUCUCUCAUCUCGCUGAUCCCGGGGCUGAUCCGGAACCUGCAAGACUGUGCGGAUCCGGAGCUGGAUGGCUACGAGAAAGGGCUGGUCAGGCCGACGAGCCUGAAGACCAGCGAUAGGAAUUCCUUGUUGAAUUAUAUGGGCUUGCCGUUGCAGAUCUUUGGAAAGGGGAGUCUCUUUGGUCCUUACACGCCUCUACAGCAACUCGAUAUCCUGGCGGACUACGGGACGAAAUCGUACAUUGUGGGCUCGACCAACUCUCUCCUGCUCCAGCAGAAAGACCGGUACAGCGAUAUCCUCAUUAACCUCGACGAAGACACCAUCAACAUCUCCUCCGCCUCCCUCCGCUCAUCCCUAGCCCUCUCAGCCGCUGACCGCCGCUGGAUAGACUUCAUAACCCAGUCCGUGAAUGAUACCUGGGACGAGUCCAACCCUGGACGUCCAAAGACCCUGGGGUACGUCGGGAGCGAGGAGUUCAUCCGCCUGCAAUUCGAAGAAUACCUCCUCUCCCUGAUCUCGGCCGUGAAGUGCCACAACUACCUCAAUGAGCAUGCCAACGACCCCAAGGCCAUGCUGCCGCAGGUCGAAGGCGACCCGGCGCACGAUUUCGGCAUGGAUUGGAUCGAGGCCUGGACCCGCUCCGAGAACUACCGCAUCUGGGAGAGCUUCACGGACAGCCACCUAUUCGACGUCGUCGAGCCCAAGCACCCGUGUGCCGGCGGCCUCACCAUCGACGACGUGCAACGCCGCAUCGCCGAGCAGGUCAAGGAGUUCCACCUGGACGAGCGGUUCGCCGUCGGCAAGGAGGUGCUCGGGCGCAACCUCGCGGCCGGCAAGGAGAAGGCCAGCACGGUCUUCAACAAACUCUACGCCGACAUGGAAGCCCUGCGCGAGAGCCAGCGGCGCAAACACGAAGAGCAAAAGCGCGAGGCCGCAUCCCGAUCCCGCCCGGCCUCAAUCGCCGGCCCGCCCCCAGACCCCAAGGCCCAACAGAGCGUGAGCAGCAAGGCCGGCGCUUACAUCGGCAGCUGGGGCACGUGGAUGGGCGAGAAGCGGCGCGCGGGCUGGGGCCGCAGCGCGUCCGCCGGCACCACCACCACUACUACUACCCCGACGGUCAAGAAAGAGAAGGAGACGGCAGCAGCAACCUCGGCCUCUCCGCUGCUCUCGGACGACGCGACGACUGCAAGGCCGGGUACGCAGGAGAGCUACAGAGAAGAUAUCUUCGAUGCGGAUUCCGAGGCGGGCCAUUCGUCGCAGACGAGCGAUCCGCCAAAGACUGAUUCCGCACCUCGCGCUUCGCUGUCGCGCUCGCAAGACGAGGAGGUGGUGGAGGUGGAGGCGAAGCAUGAAGAAGAAGACAAGGAUGAAGAAGAAGAGAAGGAUGAUGAUGAUACACCAGCAACAGCAGUCGCAGUCGCGGACGUCGUCCUCGCUCCAGAAUCCGCACAUUGGGCAGAGCGCGACGAACCAAUCGUCGUAGAUCCGGGAGCCGUAGCGGAUGCUGUUCGAGCUGCGAGUGGCAGUCCUCCUCCUCCUGUUUCUUCUUCUUGAGUUUCUUUGUUCGGGGGGUUAGGGAGUAGAAAGGGGGGGGGGAUUCUAUUUUCAGCAUAGUCAGUUUAAUUAAUAGCUAGCAAGCUAGCAAGCAAGCAAGCAAGCAAGUAUAAUAGUUAGAGCAUUUCGUGUAUAGCAUAGCAUAGGUAGGUAAGUAGGGAUAGUAUUGUUAUGUAUGUAUGGGCGUUGUUUGGACCGACCAUCUGCUUUUUUGUUUUGGUUUAGUAUGUUUUUUGUUCAGUUUGGGUUUGGGUUUGGUUUGGGUAGAGAGUCUGGAUUUAUGAUAAAUGAAUGAAUUGAAUGAAUUGGAUGAAUUUGAUAUACCCCUC